ACAUAAGAUGAAAACAGCUCAACUUCCGCCAAGUCAGACUUCGCGACAAGUCGUCAGAAGAAAUCGCCAGAGAGAGCAGACCGAUGGCUCUCGUCGUCCAGCGUCAACUACAUUAGAAACUGUUCUAUUUUUACUGCUGAUUUAUUGGAGUGGUGCUAUGUCUUCGGGAAUGACUGGACAAACACCGUGCCUUUCCAGCCGAUGGGAUAAGACAGCCCAACCUAAACAAAGUGUAGAUGUGAGGCAGCAGAGGAGUAGUGAAAAUGCAGCCCACUCUGUCUCUUUAUCAGGAGUCGUCAGCAAUGCCGGUUCAAACAGCACCGUUUCACAGCCACCACAAACGGGAGAAAAGCCAGCACCUCAGGGAGGAGUUGAAAUGGCUGCGGCCAUGGCUGCUAAAAUAAAUGCCAUGUUAAUGGCAAAAGGAAAGCUGUUGACUCCUCCACCGUUACUUGCAAAGACCCCUCCAAGUGUGUCUGUGCCAACCACUACAGAAGAAAUGGUGGUCACAGAGGUUGACAUAAACGAUGUACCGCUAACUUGCAGGGACCUUCUUACUAAAGGCAAAACGCAGGAGGAGAUCCGACAGUUUAGUGGAGCAAUCGUCUCAACGAAAGGUCAUUACAUGUCUGACGCCGAAAAGGGAAAAGCAGGACAAAGACCUUUGUAUUUGCAUGUCCAUGGAAAGAACCAUGGGCAGGUCAAUAAGGCUGUGCUGAGGAUAAAGGAGAUCAUCUCUGAAGACCUGUUGAGGGCCUCAGCAGCAUCAGGACAACAGAUGCCUGUAAUGCCUCCGCUCACACUCUACCCUCAGCCUCCUCGCCCUGUCAUUACCCCACCUGUGCCACGGAUGCCCAACACAACCUCAGUGCCAGGACAUCGGCCCGCAGCUCCUCAUUCAGGGAGUUUUGUGCACACAAAGAUUUUUGUGGGUCUGGACCAGGCGUUGCCCUCGUUCAACGUGAAUGAAAAGGUUGAGGGUCCAGGAGGUUCGUACCUGAGUCACAUCCAGGCAGAGACGGGAGCUCGAGUCUUUCUCAGGGGAAAAGGUUCUGGCUACAUCGAACAAGCAUCAAAACGAGAGUCUUUUGAGCCUCUUUAUGUCUACAUCAGCCACCCAAAUGCAGCUGGAUUGGAGUCAGCGAAGAAACUCACUGAGAGUCUGCUGGAAACUGUAAGGGAUGAAAAUGCCCGUAUGGCGUCAAUGUACACAACCACGGGCUCAACACAACCAUACGCAGCACAUGGAUUUCCACCUAAUAGCAAUUACUCUAGCCAGGGGUCCUGGUAUAACUAUCCAGCAAAUGGGUAUGCUGGCGGCUAUUCAGCGUACUCAGGAGCCAGUGGUUAUUGGAGUAAUGCAAAUGGUCCCCCAAGUCAUUCUAACAUGUCGACAAACCCUCCAUCUUCUCAGGCAAUGGUUCAGUAUCCGGUGUGUCCUAGGAAACCGCAUCCUUAUCUCUCCCAGCAUCCUGGCAGCAGUGAGACAGUGGCGCCUGAAGGAUCUUUAAGCACCCCGCCUGACCCAGGAAGUCCCAGACGUCAUUUCCAGGAGGGGUCUCGGGAAGAACAGCCUACUAGCAAAUCUCCAGAGGGGCCUGCUCAUCAAGAGUCUGCACUUCCUGCCUCCAGUGUUGGAGAAGAGAAAGUAGUCGAAAGGAUUCUGAUGCCCCCACCGCCACCCCUCUUUGUGGCUCCUGCCCCUGUUGCACGCAAAAGGCCAAGAGACACUGUGGCAGAAGAUCCAGUCAGUCUGCCUGGCAUCGCCGCCUCAAUGGCAGGUGUUCAAGAGGAGCUGUGCGAAAAGAAGUCUAAAGUGGACGAAUCGGGGCUUGUGCCCUAUGAAGGAGACUCCUCAGAUGAAGAGGAGGAGAGGACACACAGCAGUAAGACAGAUAACUCAUAACCCCUGCCCCGCCCCAUCCCCACUGUCCAGGAAACCCACAGACCCAAAGUCGACAUUCAGUAAAUUAAUAUAGUUCUCAAACCCAAACCCCAAUAAAAGGAAAAAUCCACCCUUGCAUUUUCAAACACUGUUUUAGGACUAUACCAGUGUUUUACCCCAUUUACUUGAAAUGACAAAUACAGUAUUGCUGAGCACUUACCAAGCAAGCAGACAGUUUUCCAUUCAUCUCAGUAUGGCACUUAAGGCCAAUUUAUGCCCCUGCGCUAAAUCUACGCCGUGGGUACGUACGUAGGUACCUGGAGAUACGGACCCUACGCCGUAGCCUGACGCGCACCUCUUAAAAAUGUAGCUACAUGUCACGGAGACGCAGACCACAACAAUGUCACGUUUCACCCUACUCACUUCCUGCUUCUUCAUAAACAUGAAAUCAAGGAGAGGGUUAAUUUUUCCUGCUACAGAUUCCUGACCGUGGUCAGAAAGCACAGGGGAGACACUUUGUUUCUCCCACUAUGCCUCUAGAGUUAGUACUCGCUCCAAAGCUAAUCACCAUCACUCUCUCACUCGCUCUACCACACACACACACACACACACACACUGGCCCUGCUAUUCUCCCUGCCAAAGAGGUUGACCCAGACACCAAUGCACAAGUAUAAAAGCUCUGCGUAGAGCCCCCGCAGAAGCAUAAAUCCAGCUUUAGGGACACUUGAUUUUUGGUAUGAUUUUUAUGUACUGAAAUCCAUUUUAGGACUUAAAGACAGAUGACCAAGCUUCAUACACUGUCAGGUUGACAAUCUUUAUACAGCGUUAAUGUAAAGUGCAGAUUAUUUGUAGUAAACCGGCUGAAGAUGCAAAAAACACUGGUAUGGUCUUUGAAUUAUUACCACUUUCUGAUGUUUGGUGCUUUCCUGGACUCUUAAGGAAGAAAGGUUUUAAUUGUCUUGUCCUGUUGUAGGUUUUGCUUUGUGUACUUCCGUUUCAGUUAGUGUUUUUAUUUUUCUCCCAGAAUACCUUUCUGUAACCGCUCACACAAUGGGUGUGAACCUGUUGGUUUUAGUCAAAGGUGGGCAUGUUUAAAUGUAUGCCCAACUUUAUAGCAACUGUAAAUAAUUGAUAAUCUGCCAACUAGUUUCAUUGUCAUUGUGCAUAUGUUUGUAGCCACAUGUCUUAAAAUGCAGCACAUCUUGUGGCUUCAUGCUCAUUAGGGAAGUUUGAGGUUUUGGUUUAAAAAAAAAAAAAAAAAAAAAAAAGUCCUUUUUACAGUGUCUUUCUUCCUUGUGUUAUUGCUGUCUUGAUAGAAGCCUUUUUUUUUUAUUCCAAGGGUCUCACUCUAAAACGUGCACUUACCAGUUUCUUAAAUACAGAGACAUUUUUUGUUGGCAAAAUAUAUAUCGCUAUUAAACAAAAUAUUCACAUUUUACAGUG